UCCAUCGACGUUUAUGGAGCAGAAGAAGCAACAACAGGAUGAGAAUUACAAGAGCAAGAGCAUUCACGAUAUUCUCCCUCUUGAGUUGAUUCACAUAAUCUUACUUAGGGUGCCGCUCAAACAUCUCGGUCGCCUCAAGUGCGUUUCGAAGCUUUGGAACACUCUCAUUUCUGAUCCACACUUUGCGGAAUCGCAUGUUCACCUCUCUGCCGCACCCACCCAUGUAUGCCUCUUCAUAAAUGAGUAUUCCCAGGCUUUCUCUGUUGACAUUGACGCAGUAUUUGACGGCUACAAGCAUGCUACUGCAAUAAAAGAGGUAUCUCUCCCUUUCAAGACGAAAACACAUUAUAAUUUUGAAGUUAUGUGCUCCUGCAGAGGCUUUGUUCUCUUACACCGAGCCCCGCAUUUUUUUGUCGUAUGGAAUCCAGUGACUAGAUCCAGCAAAAGAGUAUCCUACUCUCACAUUGUUUCUCGUUGUAAUCGCAAGUGCUUUAUGUUUCCCGGUAGUGCGAUUUUGUAUGGAUUUGGUUAUGAUGCUUCACAGGAUGACUACUUAGUUGUUGUAGCUUCUCGGGAUAUGCAUGACCAAGAGCACUUUGAUUGUUUGUCUUUUAAAACCAAUUCAUGGAUUAAUCUUGAUUCUGCACUCUCCAAACCCUUGGGUAGGAGCAACUGGGAAUCUCGUGGGUUCUUCUUGAAUGGUGCUAUUCAUUGGUCGUCCCGCACUCUUAAAGUUAGAGAUUAUAGUAUUCUUAUAUUUGAUUUGAAGGAAAGAAGUUUCUCAACCAUAUCUAUGCCUGAACAAGUGAUGGAUUAUCUCGAUCCCACUUAUCUCGUCCUACUAGGAGGGUGCCUGGCCUUGUAUUCUUAUAGAACCAAAGGCAAUAAAACUAACAUUUGGGUAAUGAAAGAAUACAAAGUGCAUUCAUCUUGGACUUUCUAUGAGAUUUCUCGUGGACAGUCUGAGCCCCUCUGCAUUUCCAAUGAAAGUUACAUUGAGCCUUUCUGCAUUUCCAAUGAAAGUGACAUUAUUGCAUUAUAUGAUUUUUGUUCACGUCUCUUCUUAAAUUUUACCAAAUAUAAUACCAGAGGAGAGCUCCUCAAACACAAGUAUUUUGAUUAUUGUCAUCUCGAACAUUUUAAAGAUCGUUAUCAUUGGCUCUCUGAUUACGGCACAAGCUACACUGUAUACACAGAGAGUCUCGUGCCACUCCCUAGUGACAUUAAGGAUAAGGAUAAGGAUAAGAAGAAGAAGAAAAAUGGUCAUCAGAAUCAGAAGGAUGUCAAACAGAGAAAGAGAACUAGGAGCGAAUGACUAAACAACAGAGACACAUAAUUCUGUUGUAAAUAAAGCGUAGGACUGUCAAGUUCAGCUGGAAGAAGUUUCUAGAGAAUUUUGUUUUAUUUUGCUUUUGCUUUUGAAUAUGAUUUCCCUUCCAACUAUGAAUGUGAAAAACGGGAACAUUUGAAAUUGCAAAUAGAGUUUCCUUUAGUUAAAUCCAAUCUCUUAUAUUAUCUGCUUUAUCUUUAUUCAAUAUUGCCUUGGUUGAGUUAUUUGACGUCUAUACAGAAUAUCACAUAUCAAUAUGAGAGACUUAACAUGUAAACUAAUUGUUAAUUUGUCAAUUCAAUUUGGUAUUUAGUAGUAAGUAUUUCAGUAUUUUGUUUGUUGGGAUUACAGCUGGGAUAUUUGUGCUUGCCACUUGAAUUCUUCACUAUUCAUCGAGCAUGUGCUCCUAGGUCUUUCUUUCAUGGUAGGUUAAUUGAACCACGUUAAAUUUUCUAUUUUCAACUUAUUUUUUGUUGUCUCUGGUAAUGAAGCCUUGUAGCAUGUAUAUAUAGUUGCUAUA